AAUAGUGUGAACCUUUAGACAUGCAACAAACAAGUGAUUUACUUGGGGUGCAUAUGUCCGUUUUCAAGUUUCUCGGUAUGUGGCGAACCGAAGACAAAAGGAGAGAUCUUUGGAGCUACGUCCGAGCAUUUUUCUUUAUCGUGUGCUUAGCUUCGUUGACGACAGUUUCCAUGUUUGCUGCGAGUUUCCAUCAUACUGAGCUGACGGAUAUAAUUAUAAGUCCUCUGUAUACUGGGAAUGCGGUACUGACAGUUACUAAAGCGCUAAACUUCUGCCUUAAAACUAAAAAAAUUGAAGAUUUUCUUAGUCAAGUCGAUAAAAUACCGUUUUUCACGGAAGCUGGGGAAAAGGACACGAAAGUUUCAACAGUUCGAAAAAUUCAGCUUCUACCUAAAAUACUGGGAUUUUCAUUUACGUUUCUGGUUUUCAUUGUGUUAUUGACCCCCGUCAUUCUUGGAAAAAUGACAACAAGCCGAACCCUUCCUACUUGGUAUCCUUUCGAAUGGGAGGGAAAGCUUGGUCUAUGUUUCGUCCUGUUUACUUACGAGCUCUGUGCCGGUUUCACUUUUGUCAUUUUGGACGUUGUUGUGGAUACUUUUAUGGCAUGUCUGCUUCUGAUUAUUGGCGGACAACUCGAGUCCCUUGGGUAUCGGUUCAAAAAUCUGCCAGCUGAUAAUGCCAUAAUGUGGAGGAUUAAAUUCAAGGAAUAUGUUAAGGACUAUAACUCUAUAUACAAACUCAGCAGGGAGUUCGAGAAUCUUUUCUCAGGAAUGAUAUUCAUCCAAGCGUUGUUCAGCUGUUUAUUAAUUUGCCUGAGUGCCUUUGCUUUGGGAUUGGCAACUGAUACUGGAACAUUCAUGCGUUUCGUUGCGUUCAUAUUCACUAUGCUCUAUGAGGUAUUCCUAAUGUGCUACGCAGGAGACUAUCUGACAGAAAAAUCAGAAAAACUACUUUUUGACUUAUAUUCAUCAUCUUGGCCAGAUGUUCCCCAAGAUUGUCGCAAGAUGGUAUUGAUCCUUAGUUUGAAAUUUGGUGAUCCGAUUGUCAUAAAAUUUGGGUUCAUACAGCAUCUACUCCUGCAAACUUUUACAAAGAUCGUUGAUGCCGCCUAUAAACUUUAUGCUUUACUUCAGCAAGUUCCCGAAUGAAGGGCUUCAGCUGAGUGAUUCGACCACCAACGACAAUGGCCAACAUAGUUUUGCACCAAUUUUAUUGUUCUAUGAGGCUCAGCACUACGUUGCCAGUGGUUGUUGGUGAAAUAUUCAAAACGUUAGCAUUUGCAUGUUUAUUUUCCGCUUUGAAUUUGUUCUAAUAAUCAAGUUGCAGAUGUUUAGCUACUACAGAUCAUUUAGGUGUUUCUUCUUUCUUCGUUGCCGGUCAACCACUCCUAUACGGCAUCGUAUACGAUCCGCUGAAAUGCACUUCAAUUCCACCCCAGGAUUUGCCGAGUUACUGUAGUGUCCGUGACUUCGUAACAUGCCCAGUGUUUCAUUCGCCUUUUCCAGGAACAAUCUUACAAAAGAGUGUAUUUAAUAAUAUGUAAUAUUCCCCUCAGCUUUCCCAAUACACUCCUAUCAAUUUGUUAAUAGAUAUCCCAUCCCAACAUUCAUUUAUA